GAUCGAAGUAGAUUUUCCACUAGUCUUAGGCUUCUUGUAAUCUUUCACAUGAGGCCUGCUCCUUUCAUGGACAAGAUGGUGUCAAUAUGCAGGAGCCUUGAUGCCACAUUCUCUACAUAUAUGUCUAAACUAGUCUCACCUGGGGUAAAAGCUUGCAUGAAAGAAAGGCGUCCUUUGAACGAGGAAGCUUAUGAAAUUUCUCUUGACCACUAUGGGUGCAUUGAUGGUCCCAAAUCUGGCAGGCUGAGGGUUUUAAGCAAUGCACCCAAGCUCUUCAUUGGCUUGAGUUUCUAUUUUACUGGUGAUUUUCCAUCGGCUUAUGAGGAGGAUCUUCAAGAUUUGGUCAAAGCUGCGGGAGGUACCAUAUUAGAGAAGGACGAAUUCCCAGCACCUAGUUGUAAUGACCAGACUGCACCAAAGGUGCUGGUUGUAUACAAUCUCGAUUCUCCUGGAGGAUGCAAAGUGGGGGUGGAGGUUUUAAUUCUCUGGCAAAGAUUAAAUGAGGCAGAGGGAAUAGCUGCAAAGGUUGGAGCCCAAGUCAUUGGUCAUACAUGGCUUGUGGAAUCCAUUGCAGCGGGUAACUUGCAACAUUUUGUCAGCUGCUAACCUUGAUUUUAAUCUAUAUUUUGUGCUGAUUCAAGGCAUAGUUAUUUAUUUAAAUGAUUAAUCUAAUCCUAUACGUGAAGUUGGCCCUUGUACAAUACAAACUGAAGCUAAUCUGAAUAGUUAAUUUACAUUUCCUAGGCUAUCUGUAGUGGGCUCCCAACUUCAUUGGAUGGCUCAAGAAAAAUAUGCUUAUCCUACAAAUAAGCACAUCUACUGCAAGUCUCUACUUGAUCAGUCGACUGCAGAUGAUUUAUUUGUAAUACUACUGAAUCUUCAA